CUUUCAGAACAUCUGCUAUCUGGAUUUGGGUAAAGGAGAACCUGGAGAGGCUUGGGCGAGGAGCUGCGGGGGGCCGGAGCUGUUGGCCGAGGUUGGAGUAGCCAGGCGGCAGGCAUGGCCAGCCGUUGAGAAAUGCUUGUUGAAGUUUUCAAUAAUCAUGGAUUUGUCGGUGGUGACCGUGUUCCCUAGCCUCAGUGCAGUGGGCAGCUGGGAGGAGGUGCUCUUGUUCUCCAUGGACUUCACAGUGUCCCAGAACUUUUUGGAGUUGGAGCUACAGGAUGCAAACUUCUGCCUGAAGAAGCUGGCCUUAGCUUUCCUGACUGACUGCGUGUAUUGGUUCCUGACUUCCCUGAACAGUUGCAUAUCGCGGGGACUGUUCGAUGCUAUUGCAGUCCGCCACAGGAUAUUUUUGUGCUGGUCGAGGGCAGUCAGGUCUGGAGUGAACCAAGGGCUGUAUCUGUUCUUAGUUCUGCAUUUUUUGAACGGAGCAUGCUUAUCUAAAAUGGUGAGGAAGUUACUCUUAAAGAAUGACCAGGCAUCCUCAACUCUCGGACCUGCCUGGUGUGUUCCUUGUUCUUCAUGAUGCUCCCUGCGCUUUUAAAAGACCUCUGAGACUAUCACAGUGCAGGUGAAUUUAUACGGAGACUUGAUUACACACAGGUGGAUUGUAUUUAUCAUCAUUAGUCAUUUAGGUCAACAUUGGAUCAUUCAGAGAUCUUCACUGAACUUCUGGAGAGAGUUUGCUGCACUGAAAGUAAAGGGGCUGAAUAAUUUUGCACGCCCAAUUUUUCAGUUUUUGAUUUGUUAAAAAAGUUUGAAAUAUCCAAUAAAUGUCGUUCCACUUCAUGAUUGUGUCCCACUUGUUGUUGAUUCUACACAAAAAAAUACAGUUUUAUAUCUUUAUGUUUGAAGCCUGAAAUGUGGCAAAAGGUCGCAAAGUUCAAGGAGGCCGAAUACUUUCACAAGGCACUGUACAUGCUUGCCCUAACACCUAUUGUUUUCCCUGAAACUGAGCCUGUGAAGUAAGGGAAUUUCUGGAGCUCAGUGGCAUGGCCCAUCGUCUGUUUGAAGGUAAGGAGCAUGCAACCUCCUACUGGAAGUACAGGGUCUCUCCCUCAGCUCAGCUCAUUGAAGAAGUCAUGUCCUUCCUAAAGAAAAAGAGGGGCGUGCAGCCCUGUGACCUGGCAGUAGACGUAGGUUGUGGGUCGGGUCAAGGGACCGUGCUCCUGGCCCCUCACUUCUCCUCAGUGGUGGGGACCGACAUCAGCCCUGCCCAGUUGGAGGUGGCCCAGGAGCACACAACCGCCCCUAACAUCUCCUACAGACAGUGCCAGGCUGAGGAGCUGCCGUUUGCAGACAGCUCAGUGGACCUGGUGACGGCCAUGUCUGCCUUCCACUGGUUUGACCGGCCGCGGUUCCUCCAGGAAGCCCACAGGAUCCUGAAGGCUAAAGGUUGCCUGGCCCUACUCAACUACACCAUGGAUAUGGAGCUUGACUAUGGAGACUGCUCCCACACACUCAACACAGUCUGCAAAGAGGGCGGGCUCCUAACCGAUGUAUCCACCCUCUCCAUCAUAGACAAAGUGGUCAUGGAUCGCUUCUUACGGGCGCUAUCCCACGACAUGAAGAGGGCAGUAAGUCUACUAGCGCCCCAGACCUUGGAGGGCCUCUUGCGAGCAGUGGAGACUCAUCAGAACACCGAGGCCCUGCUGAAGGGGAGCCGGGCCUAUUCGGGGACCCAUCCGAGGGGACGGAAGAACACUCCCACCGAUGUAUACCCGAACCGACAGUCGGCGAGGCCAAAGGGCCACAGACCCGUGGAGAGACGGCUGGGGGAGAGCCGACCCGUCGCCGACGUCCCCAGAUAG